AUGUUCAAUGGAAAUCACGGGUCGGGCGGCGGUUCAGGAGGCGGCGGCUUUCAUGGCCCGAACAAUGGAGGUGGCGGUUCUGGUUCCGGCUUUCAGGGCCACCAGAACAAUCAAGGCAAUUUUAAUCAGGGCAGUCAAGGCAGCUACAAUCAGCACUCUGGCCAGGGAGGUCAGCAACAGCAGCAGCAGUCUGGUUAUCAGAGUAAUGCAAAGCAAUUGAACAGUGGACAGUAUCAUGCUUUCACCACAAGCUUAUAUAAAAAUCUUAAGCAGUCCAAUACUAUUUUCCACGGCGUAGUUCCUGGUAAGACGGCAUACCCAGUAGGCAAGAUCGAGCUGGAGCCUGGUCUCGCAUCGCCCCUGCCCGGUGUCACCCAUCCCCCACCCCUGGAUCCGCAGCUCAUCCUCCAUCUGGAUCAAGCCGGCGCCGCCGGACCACUUCUCUUGGCCUACCUCCCCUCCGCUUCUGCCACGGGGACGGUGACCGGCCGUAGCAACGACGGGCUCUGCCUAUCUGGCUUUCCAUCUGCAGCCGAGGCACACCUCCUCCCCUGCGCAGCCGAGUGCAGUCGCUCCGCCCCCUGUUUCCAUCCCUGCACCGCGUCGCCCAGGCUUCCUACAUUGUGCCCAACGACGGGGUCCUGGCCACAUCCUUGCCGCCGGUUUCUUCCUCGAGCGUGUUGGCCAUGGGAUCCGACCGGCCCCUUCUUGGCUCCCCUCAUCCUCGUCCUCGAAUCGCGCAGCGGCCUCCACCUCACCUAUGAUCCCUCCGCCGACGAGGGGUUCCUACACCAACGGCCUCCCAGAGCGCUGAAAGAAAACCAUGAAGUUCGUCCCGCACAUCCAGUGCAUCUCUUUCGAAGCUCCCGUGCAGUGCGCAUGUGUGUUGCAGUGCAGUGCGUGACGGCAAGAAAAGGGAGCUUGUCAGCGACGAGGGACGCAUCGGCGGCGCUGUGCAGUUUGCCGGCGCAUUCCGCGGAUGCAUGCGAGGGGAGUCAAAUGGGGGCACCGAUGCCCCAUGGAAGAGCAGUAGCGGCGCUUUGCAGUUUAGAACAAUGGAGGACCACACUAAGACGUUUCUGCAGCACACCCACUUGCAGUUCAGUCGGCGGGAGGGUUGAGGGCCACCAAGAGGCAGACGGCGAGCCAGCCGCAGCGUUCACUACUGCUCGGCAGCAACGAUUUAUGCAUCAGUGUGGCCUUGAAGUUCACCGGCGAUCCACUAGCGGUUGGAGCAGCAAGGGCAUGCAGUCCACUAUUUCCUUUUUUUGUUUGUCUUUUGACGUGGUCUUGGCCGAGGACACAGUGCCUUUUCUUUUGCAGUCAUUUGCUUAUAUUAGCACAAACUAGGAUUCACUAAUAUGGUCAGUUUUGGUUUAGCUUUGUUUUCGUUUCAGUUGCAAAGAAAAUCGCUACCAUGUUAAACAAUUAUUAGGAUAUUUAAUUGUGCAAAGUUGUGCUACUAGUAAAUGUUAUGUACAAAGUGGUUUAGGCA